CCCCUGACAAAACCGGCAAAUCACAUCCGUACCCCUCCCUACGUUACCCAGCAGUCGCUUCUCGCGAAUUCCUCACGCUUCCCCCCGUCUCCCACCCCCAUUGCCUUCUCCUCCCAUCCACCCAGCCCGCAACCGCAAGCAACCCCCGAUCCACUUCUAUCCGCCUCUCGGUGAAUGGUAGCGAACCAGGAGCCGGAGGCGGAGGCAGAGGCGGAGGCGGAGGCGGCAGCGCUGGCGGUGGACCCGAUGCGGCUGGCGUCGCGGUGGCGGUCCCCGGCGGAGUGGGAGGCGGCGGCGGCGGAGAUGGAGGCCGAGCCGGCGCCGUCCGUGCUCAACACCGUCAACAGCUCGGGCCUCUUCGCCGUCGUCUCCCCCGACAAGAUGUCCGUCAGGUACUUCGGCAGCCACCACCACGGCCACGACGUCGGGGUCGUGCAGGCCGACCGCCCGGCGCCCACGCGGCGGGCCGUCUACUACUUCGAGAUGGGCGUCAGGAACGCCGGGUUCAAGGGGCAGACCUCCAUCGGGUUCACCAGCGAGAGCUUCAAGAUGCGACGACAACCGGGCUGGGAGUCUAACAGUUGUGGAUACCAUGGUGAUGAUGGCUAUCUUUACCGGGGUCAUGGGAAAGGUGAAUCUUUUGGUCCCAAAUACACAUCUGGCGACACAAUUGGUGCUGGCAUCAACUAUUUGUCACAAGAAUUUUUCUUCACGAAAAAUGGAUCUCUGGUUGGAGCCUUUCCAAAAGAUAUUAAAUGCCCACUAUAUCCUACCAUUGCAGUUCAUAGUCAGGAUGAAGAGGUGACAGUAAACUUUGGAAAAGAACAGUUCUGUUUUGACAUCGAGGUGAGGCAAGAUGUUCUUGUUGACCUACUGGGUUAUAUUCUUGAAGAAAAAAUGAGGCAACAAUUGGUAACCGACAAAAUGUACUUGCAACCGGACAUCAGUCAUUGGAUUGUUCGUUCAUAUCUCCUACAUUACGGCUACCAAGAUACUCUAAAUUCUUUUGAUAUGGCAAGUGAAACUGAUCCUCCCGCCAGUCAUCAAAAUGGUUAUGGGGAACCUCCUGAAAUGUAUGGUCUUAGCCACAGAAAACGUUUGCGGCAGCUUAUCAUGAACGGAGAUAUUGAUUCUACAUUCCAAAGACUGAGGGAGUGGUAUCCACAAUUGAUAAAGGAUGAGAAAUCGGUUAUUUGCUUCUUACUCCAUUCUCAAAGAUUCAUAGAAUAUAUCAGGGCUGAACAACUGGAGGAUGCUGUGAAAUAUGGUCGUGCUAACCUGGCCAACUUCUUGACGCACAAAGCUUUUGAGGGUUUGUUGAAGGAGUGUAUAGCCCUGCUUGCAUACGAGAAGCCUGCGGAGUCAUGCAUUGGAUACCUGCUGGACUCCGCCCAGCGUGAAUUCGUGGCGGAUGCAGUGAACGCAGCUGUCCUUUGUACGAACCCAAAUAUGAAGGACCCCGAGAGCUGCCUUUACUCGUGUCUCGAGAAGUUACUGAGGCAGCUCACAGUAUGCAGCUUUGAGCGACGCGCAUUCAACCACGACCAAGGAGAUGCGUUCUUACUUCACAAAGAAGUGCAGAACUGUGAAAGGUCCAGGCGUUCAUAGGCAUCAAAGUUGUGAUGCGCAUCGGAGGAGUGAACUCAGAUGUUAGGCUCCAACUGGCAACUGCUCUUUGAAGGGAAGAAGGGUCACAUAUUCUUCCCUUUGAAGGUCUGCUGCGUCCCUCAACUCUCCGGAAGGUGACUGAAUACCAAUCUGCACAGCCGACUGUAGCUGGCUGAGACAUUCGGAAGGUGUUCCUCCUCCCCUGUAAUCAGAAAACUUACAUUCAGAUAUGGCCAACAUGUCUGUUUCCGUAAAUUUGUUGGUUGGCUAAUGUACUGCUCGACAUUGUGAAUGAAUGCUAAAACGUAAAAAAACUCUUCAAUGUA